UGGGCACAUCAUUAGUUAUCUGAACCCAUGUAGAUGCCACAAUAGGUUCUGAUAGGACCACAGAUGGCUGAUGCAUUUCCUGCCUCUUGCGUAGCUUAUGAUGAUCAUGAUCAAGGUGGGCGAUAUCUCCAACAAGGUGUAGCCUAUGGAUGUGGCAGAACCCUGGCUGGACUGUCUCCUCCAGGAGUUUUUUAAUCAGAGUGUCAAAGAGAAGCUGGAGGGGCUUCCUGUCACAUCCUUGGACAGGGACUAAGAGACCAAGCCGUCCUCUCUUAUCAGCUUCAUCCAUUUCAUCCUCUUCCCCCUCUUCACUGAACUGGCCGGCCUCUUCCCCUCUCUGGAGCAACACAUCAUCCACCCAGUGCAGAAGGCCUUGGACUACUACACCGAGAUGGAGAAGGCCCUGGAAUAGGAGAGGCAGAACCGGGCCCAAAGGGGCAACAAGGAGGCCAGAGCUAAGGAGAUGCUGAACACCCAGUCAGAACUGCAGCUGAAGGCCUGCAGUGCUACAGCUCCAAAGCGAGGGGUGGCCCCAGAACUGCUGUACUGUGAUGGCCUCCUUCUAGAGACCUCAAGGCAAUGCACACUUUGGCAAGCACCCCAUUGGAUUACAGCAACAUCAUGCUGAAGAUGUAAAUAUGAUUAAAUAUGAAUAUCUGGGCUUUGCAUUUUAAUAUCUGUUCCACUUUGAAUAAUGCUAAUUACCCAUAAGCCCCUCAAC